UGGCAACACGGAAAAAAAACCCUCAACACGGAAGUUAAACUACGGCUCCGAUUGUAAACCCGGACCGAGAAACGCUUCAAAAUCAUUAUAAAAACUAUUUUUUAUUCGGAAUCCCGUUACUUUAUGCGCGUUAUUUUGGAGGUGAAAUUACUCCAGGGGAUUGUAAGGAGGAUUUGUUAGGAUAAUAUGUAGUGUUUAGCCGGUGAUGUCGGAGAGCUGGUUGAAGGAUCAGGACUUAAACCCUACGUGUCACAAGCUGCGCGUGCAGCAACACUGGCAUGUCGGGUAACACGGCUCGGGUGUUUCACGUCAUGUGUGUGUAGCUUUACAGAUCAGUAUUGUUCAUCCGGUCAGAUAUUGACAGCCGAGUAAAAGAGGCAGCAUGUUCCAGAAGACCUCUCUGACCACCAUCAUAGUGGGAGUCUUCAUCGUCUACGUGCUGCACACGUGCUGGGUGAUGUACGGCAUCGUGUACACAAAACCCUGUGAAAAGCCCAGAAGUGACAACUGCAUCAGUCCUUAUCUUGCAGGAAAACCUCGCCUCCAGAUGAGCAUCUACACAGCUCUGAAAUCCAAUGCUGAAGGAGGACACACACUCAUCCACAGGGAGGAGGACUUUGAUGUGCACACCAAGUUCGAGAGGUUAAUAAACGUGUCCCUGCCCAAGAAGACACGGCAGAAUGGGACGCUAUACGGCAUGGUGUUUGUCCAUCAGGCAGGAAUGUCUCCGUGGCAGGACCCACGCCAAGUGCAUCUGGUCACACAGCUCACCACGUACAUGUUGCCCAAACCCCCGGAGGUCAGCUUGAUCACUGGCCAGGAGCUGCCCCGGCAGCAGGAGCAGAGAACCCCGGGGGGUGAUGGAGAAGUGGACCGGCCCGUGUCUCAUUGGCGCUCCCGUCUCACGCUGAACAUCGUGGCCGAGAACUUCCUGUUCGACCGAGAGGCCAUACCGAGUGACGUGCAUCGCUAUAUGAGAGUGUACCAGAGUGGGAAGAAGUUUGUGUACCUGCCUCUGCUGUUUAUAGAUGAGCUGAGUAACCGAGUGAAAGAUUUAGUGGAGAUCAACAGCAGCAGCACUGAGCUGUCUCUCACUAUUUCAUACGACACCAUCACUCUGGGAAAGCUGCGCUUCUGGAUCCACAUGCAGGAUGCCGUGUACUCGCUGCAGCAGUUCGGCUUUACUGAAAAGGAUGCAGAUGAAAUCAAGGGCAUAUUUGUGGACACCAAUCUCUACUUCCUCGCCCUGACCUUCUUCGUCGCUGCCUUUCAUCUCUUAUUUGACUUCCUGGCGUUUAAAAAUGAUAUCAGCUUUUGGAAGCAGAAGAAGAGCAUGGUGGGAAUGUCCAGCAAAGCAGUGCUGUGGAGGUGUUUCAGCACCCUAGUGAUUUUCCUCUACCUGCUUGAUGAACAGACGAGCCUGCUGGUACUCAUCCCUGCUGGAGUAGGAUCUCUGAUCGAGGUGUGGAAAGUGAAGAAAGCUUUCAAAAUCUACAUUUUCUGGAAGGGGCUUACUCCGACUUUCAUGUUCGGCAAAUCCGACGAAUCCGAGAGAAGGACGGAGGAAUAUGACAGUUUGGCGAUGAAAUAUCUGUCCUACGUGCUGUAUCCACUGUGUCUGGGUGGAGCCAUUUAUGCACUUGUAUUUGUGAAGUAUAAAAGUUGGUACUCCUGGCUGAUCAACAGUUUAGUCAAUGGAGUAUAUGCUUUUGGAUUCCUCUUCAUGCUACCUCAGCUCUUUGUGAACUACAAGUUAAAAUCCGUGGCUCAUCUGCCCUGGAAGGCCUUUAUGUACAAGGCGUUCAACACGUUUAUUGACGACGUCUUUGCCUUCAUAAUCACCAUGCCAACGUCUCAUCGGCUGGCCUGCUUCAGGGACGACGCGGUGUUUAUAAUUUACCUGUAUCAGCGAUGGCUGUAUCCCGUGGACAAGACCAGGGUGAAUGAGUACGGCGUGUCUUAUGACGAGGAACCAAAACGAAAAUCACACAAAGAGUAAACCGACCCCGGCGUCUAAUCAACCUGCAGGAAACGUCCACACGGACGCUCUGAAACCGUGACGAGGACACAGACACACAGUUCAGUUAACACAAUGGGUGAUUGGAUCUGGUGUCCCCUUUGGAGUUGGACUUCUGUCUCUUACAUGUGCUUGCUGUUUGUGUCCUGUUCUCCUCAUGUUGUAAUCCUCACAUGAAAGUGGGAUACUCCACUGGAGGGGUGAUUACUAAAUGAGCUGAAUUGAUGUUAUUGAGCUGACUGGGUCAGCUUAAGGUGGUGUGGUUUGGUGUUUAGACUAAAAUGUCCUUGAUUUGCUCAGGAUAGAGCCGAGUUAGCUCAAUAACACACACGGCAUUAAAUCAGAGCUUAUUAUUAAUGCGUACUGUAUCUGCCUGCUAUUCCCUGUUAUCCUGCUUCUGACCCAAAAUCCCAUUUGACCGUUUUUUUGAUUUCUGGCAUUUCUCUGAUUAUAACGAGAGGAACAUACGCUCAGAUGAAGGCAGAAGUAUGAUAUCUUUCAUUAAAUAGUGUUUUAAAAAAUAUAUCACAUUUGUGCCAAAUGAACAGAAGAUUUGAUAGUUAGUUGAAAGCCCUGAUGGGAGAGUGUGAUCUUUCUGUGUACUGGGUGAGAAUGAUCUGCGUGUGAGUUUGUGUACUAUAUUCCACUAAAGUGUUUAAAGGGCAUUGAUUAGUCAUUUAUUCCUGAAGUCCAUGCAUUGGUUUAUAAGGAGGAUAUUUCUACCAGCUUAAAAUUGCAACGAUUAGCACUUUUUGGCACUUUUUUGUUUUUAAAUCCGAAAGCUGAUUGAAACAUCGCAACUGAAAACAAUGGGAUCAAUAGGAUUUUCCCCCCCUUAAUCACCAUCAAGGUACUUGCAUUCCUGAUGUUAUGGUCAUCAUAAUAACGGUGAGGCAUGACUAAACCCGCAUAUGCAUUGUAUGUUUUUAAUAUUAAUUUUCUAAUGUUCCUAUGCAUCUUCACUGAAAUAAAUCAAAUCCUCCACCAAA